GCGCAGGGGCCGAUCCCGCCGCGGCGGACACGGAGCCCGGGGUUCCUGCGGCCCCAGCCCGGGGUUCCUGCGGCCCCCGCGGGCUGCCCCCGGCGGGGCCAUGGCCCCCUUCCCCGCCUGCCUCAACUCGGCCGUGCUGGUGCUCUUCAGCUGCGACCUCUGCCUGGUGCGAGCAAAUAGGCCGCCGGCCCCAGUCAAUGUGACUGUUACGCACCUGAAGGCAAACUCCGCCACUGUCUCGUGGGAUGUCCCAGAAGGAGACGUCAUCAUUGGCUAUGCCAUCUCACAGCAGCGGCAGGACGGGCAAAUGCAGCGGUUCAUCCGGGAGGUGAACACCACGAACCGGGCCUGUGUGCUGUGGGACCUGGCGGAGGACGCAGACUACAUCAUCCAGGUGCAGAGCAUCAGCCUACAUGGAGAGAGCCAGGCCAGCAAGAGGGUCCAUUUCCGGACCCUGAAAGAGACCGAUCGCCUCCCCUCCAACAGCUCCAACCAAGGUGACAUCACUGUGGAAGGGCUGGACAAGCAGCGGCAGCUCCAGACCGGGGAGAUUGUCAUCAUCGUGACGGUGCUGCUCAUGUGGGCAGCGGUGAUCGCGCUCUUCUGCAGACAGUAUGACAUUAUCAAGGACAACGACUCCAACAACAACAAGGAAAAGACCAAGCCAUCCUCAGAGCACAGCACCCCGGAGCGACCCACGGGGGGGCUCCUGCGCAGCAAGAAAAAGUCUCUAUCUGUCAAUAUCAUUGAGGUGUGAGCACAGAUCAGCUCUGGAUCCGAGGGCCCUGGGAAUGCUGCCAGAGCCGAGGAAGAUCAUGGGAUAAAAGGACAACACCAGGCUGCCAGCCUGCAACCCUCAGCAUGCAAAGACUUGUUUAUCAGAAAUUAUGCUUCUUCCAAGGCCUUCUCCCCAUGAGGGGAUCUGCAUGGAGACCGUUUGGAUGAUGCAUGCAGAACUAAGCCUCACACCCAUCAUGUAAUCGCCCAUGGGCCGCUCGGGAGUCAAUGGGGAGCCUGGAACAGCACCGAAAGAACAAACAGCAAUAUCCGGAUUUCAAGGGAUGCGGGAGCCUCCUGCUGAUGCAGGGAUAAUGUCGUGGAAGUGGGCUCUCAUGGCCCUGUCACUCAGCAGCUGUUACGUAAACGGCAGUGUGUCCUCAUGUUCACGCCUGUUACAGCCUUAGGUAUGGCCAGACCUAAGCCAGGCUGCUGACAUAGCUCCAGUCACCAGAGAGCCCUAGAAGGGGCCUAGCUCUCAUUCAGCGCGCCUGGAGCCUCAGAGGGAUUUUCUGUUUGUUUACGGUCCCAGAGAAGUGCCCACUUUCCAGCCCCCUAACCCUGCAAGCCUAGACUGUGGGGCCCACGGAGGUGGAGCAGGUGCUAGCUCAGGAACGGCUGCCAAGAGAACUGAUCGGAGCUGGGGAGGUUUUCGCAGCACUCCCCAAAGUCUGGAGUCUGAAUUGCAGGAUGGCCCCAUGCCCCCUGCAGACGUGACCAGAGAUGGUAUCCCAGCCCAAGGAGGCAGGAGGUUGGCUGGGUCACUGAGCUGACUUCAGCUACUGGCAGCUCAGAUGAGCUUCCACCCCUUCCCUUAGUAUGAGUGUGACCACCCCGGGGAGGUGAGGACCUCAGACCAGGAAGGGCCAAUGCUGCCUUGUGCUGUGCCCAGCAAACAGCAAAGCAGGGCCUUGCUGCAGAGACAGCGGGAUGCAGGGGAGAGUGCUCCCUAUCACAUCUCACGCCUGCCCAGUUUGUAGGGCAGCAGGGAUGUACCCAGUGCACAUAAAAACAUACCCCCUGCUAACUGCAUUGCCUGGGAGGUCUCCAGGUCACGGUUCAGCUCUGGGUGUGGGGGGGAAAUCUAGCACAUGUAGCUCUGACUCCUCUCCUCCUCUGCCUCUGGCUCCCUCGGAGGCUUCCAGCGUGCAGAAGCUCUGUUCCAGCAGCCCUGGUGCAGGCUACGUAGAGCCAGAGUCUGGGUCACUGGGAAACACCCACAGGCCCCAGAGAAAUGUGUGUGGCGGGGGAGAGAAUACCGUGCUGAAUCCCCAUGCCUCUGGGGGGCAAAGGCCUCAAUGCAAACUGCCUGUGGCCCGUCUGCCUCCGCCCAUCAGGCAAAGGCCUCACCACAGGGCCCUGCCCCAGCCCCCUCACUCUGCGGGGCAAAGGCCUCACCACAGGGCCCUGCCCCAGCCCCCUCACUCUGCGGGGCAAAGGCCUCACCACAGGGCCCUGCCCCAGCCCCCUCAUUCUGCAGGGCAAAGGCCUCACCACAGGGCCCUGCCCCAGCCCCCUCACUCUGCCGAGGCCUCACUCUUGGUGCCUGCCCCAGCUCUAUCCUAUUGCUCCUAGCAUUGAAGGCUUCACUGCAGGCCCUGCCCCGCUUGCAGCGUGGUUUUAGGUUGGGUCCCUAUGGAGUGUGCGAGGGGUAGUUCCUUUACGCACCAGUGCAUGGCCUAGAAGGGGUUGGUCUCCAUCCCUAGGGAGAUGCUGCUGCUGGAGAGAGACUGUCCCAGGGCUUCCCAGACACACAGCGCCUGCUCCAUGUAGGAGACAGUGGUGUCAGAGUCUGUGCAGAGAGCCAUUCCUCCUCCCUAAGAUGCAACUAGGAAAUGUGCUACUCCAGCCCACCCCCAUCACAUCACCAGCCCUGAACAUGGCAGAGUUCUCCCCCACCACAACCCUUUGCAGCCUCCUGUGCCCUCAAUGACUGCCUUGGACACGGCCAUGACAUACAAUUUCCAGGCCACCUGGAAUCCCGGAGUUAAAUCUCUCUGGCAACAGGGGCCAGGUGGGCAGGAUUCUACGCCUGAGUUAUUCAGUGUCCGUUCAGUCACAACCCCAGCCCGGCAGCUCACAGACUCUGGCUCAGCGGGUCUUUACAGCCUGAAUCCUUGCCUGUGCCUCAGCUGUCACGUAGGGGAAACGCUUCCAGUCCGACAGGGCGAUAGUCCCACUCCUGCCGCACUCCCCACGGCUCUCUGGCUGCAGCUGUUACUCCUUCCCCCCAGAGCAGGCAGUGCCCCCGGCCCAGGUUCCCAUGGGAGAGGGUGGUGCUUAUUCCACUAGGCCCUUCUGCUGGAAAGGAGCUGACCCAAGCAACUUGGAAACACCAAUAAAACCCACCAAGUUCUUGUACCCACCAAUUAACCCUCAAGUUCAGGGCAGAGGAGUAUCCAGGGCGGUUAAAGCUGAACACCUCCUGCUAGCACCCAGACCCCAGGGUCCAUGUGGCAUCACCGUGGAGUGAAUUCUGUCAUUUGGAACCAGCAUUGCUCUUAGCCAAAAGGCUGAGGCCAAACCAACCCCAGCCCCUCUCCCACACAUCUGCCUUCCUCCAUCAGAAGAGAACAGAACAGCCUCCACUGGAGGAAUGACAGGUUUGUAGCCUGCUCCCCCAGGGGCUGGGAUGCUGUCUGUGCAGCCCCAGGAUUAAUGAGAAUCACAGGAUCCAGUGUCUUCCAGGAACUUAAUCUUCAAGCAAAGCACUUUCAGGACUCUUCCCUCCAGGUGCUGCUCGGCUCCUGCCAUGGGCAUACCGGGGGCAGGACAAGUGACUCCCUGUGGCAGGGUCUUUCCAAUAAAAGUCUCUGGC